AUGGUCCGCCUCGCUCUUCCGCAGCGUCUCAGCACUCACCUUGGGUCGAGAAGUGCAACGCCCACGCCCGGCCAGAGCCGCAGUACGAGUCCGAUGAGAAUGGCUGAAACGAAGCCGUUGACGCUCAAGAUCACAGUGGUCAAGGGGAGAAACCUGGCUGCCAAAGAUCGAGGAGGGACCAGCGAUCCGUACCUCGUCAUUACCCUAGGAGAGUCGAGACAAUCCACCCCUACGAUUUUCAAGACCCUCAAUCCAGAAUGGAACGUCUCGUUUGAGAUGCCGGUUAUUGGCGUGCCGCUGCUGGAGUGUAUCUGCUGGGAUCAUGAUCGCUUCGGAAAGGACUACAUGGGCGAGUUUGACAUUCCCCUAGAGGAGAUCUUUGCGGACGGUGAAAUCAAUCAGUCUCCAAAAUGGUACACGCUCAAUUCGAAACGUAAAGGUGGCAAGAGGAAGAAGGAUAGCACCGUCUCGGGGGAGAUCUUGAUACAGUUCUCUCUGUAUGAUCCGGUCAACCCGGGCGCGUCCCCGACAGAGACCUACCACAAGUUCCGGAGUGUGGUCUGUGCCGGCGAGGAGGACACCUACACCUAUGGCGAUGUGGACAAGGAUGAAGACACCUCGGACGAGACGGACGACCCGACCAAGCCGGAAGUAGUAGAGAAACGAAAGCGCAGGUUACGGCUGGCUCGCCUGAAGCGCAAGUCGCUCGCCGCGAGAGCUUAUCAGUUCUCGGGGGCAGGCAACGGGGUGCAAGGCAUUGUUUUCAUGGAGAUCGUCAAAGUUACUGAUCUGCCCCCGGAGAAGAAUGUCACCCGUACAUCGUUCGACAUGGAUCCCUUUGUCGUUACCUCGCUGGGUCGAAAGACCCUCCGGACGCCUGUCAUUCGUCACAAUCUGAAUCCCAUCUACAAUGAAAAGAUGGUCUUCCAGGUGAUGAAACAUGAGCAGUUGUAUACAAUGAGCUUCACCGUAAUGGACCGAGACAAGUUCUCCGGCAACGACUUUGUCGCCUCCGCCUCGUUCCCGCUGCAGACUCUCAUCCAGGCCGGUCCAGUCGCUGACCCCGAAACGGGUCUGUACAAAUUCCAGACCCCAACUGGGUCUCCAGAUCUCUCGCCAUCAACGAAACCGACCAACCGUAAUGGCAUGAGCCGGUCCUCCUCCAGUACGAGCAUUGUCAAGUUGUCUAGACCCAUCCUCAAGUCCCGGGGCUCGGGUGCAUCGCUGUCCGGCCAAUCGGCGCAGGAGCAAUCGCCAUAUCUGUCCCCUCCCCCGGCCAGCGUGCCCGAAGAAGGUGGCAACAUAUCCUUGUCAACACCGAGCAUUAUUACCUCUGCACCCAGCGGAGAUCCUACUGACCCUAUUCCGGUGCUGGAGAUUAAUGAGUUCAAAACCUAUGUCAUCCCUCUCACCCUCAAGAACAAAGACCGCUGGGAAGAUAAGCACCUCCCAGAGCUUUACGUCAAGGCUAAAUACCUGCCCUACCAAGCGCUGCGCCAGCAGUUCUGGAGAUUGAUGCUGAAGCAGUACGAUGCAGACGAAAGCGGACGCAUCGACACGGUGGAGAUGAUCACGAUGCUGGACACCCUCGGGUCGACCCUGAAGGAAUCCACCAUUGAUGGGUUCUUCCAGCGGUUCAGCGCAGAGAACCAGUCCAGGGAUACCAUGGACCUCACAUUUGACCAGGCGGUGAUCUGCCUGGAGGAUACCCUGCAGGCUCUCCAGAAGAAGAAUGCGCGCCCGGUGCUUCCAACGGAACCCCUGACGUCGUCAUCGACGGACAGUCAAGAGAGCGAGGAGCAGUACAGCAGCGACGAGCUCGCCCUGGAGUCCAGCUCGUCUCUGCCGGCAAACCAUGAUCCCCAACAGACCGUGGUGCCCACGCUACCAAACGAGGAACAGCUGGGCUCCCCCGCCGACGAAUAUCUCCGCCCAGACGAUUUGGGCGACGAGCGCGGCGAAGAGCAUGUGAUCGAACUCCGUGAAUGUCCCCUGUGCCACCAACCGCGGCUGGAAAAGCGUUCGGAUGUGGACAUCAUCACCCACAUUGCAACCUGCGCCAGCCGUGACUGGCGACAGGUUGACAACCUCGUCAUGGGCGGCUUCGUUACCUCCAGCCAGGCCCAGCGUAAAUGGUACACCAAAGUUAUUACCAAAAUCUCCUACGGGGGUUACAAGCUCGGUGCCAACUCCGCCAACAUCCUCGUCCAGGAUCGCAUCACCGGCCAAAUCAACGAGGAGCGGAUGAGUGUUUAUGUGAGACUGGGCAUCCGCUUACUUUACAAGGGUCUCAAGAGUCGGGAGAUGGAAAAGAAACGAAUCCGCAAAGUCCUCAAGUCGCUAAGUAUCAAGCAAGGCAAGAAAUAUGAUGACCCUGCCUCGGCAAGCCAGAUCCAAGACUUUGUCAACUUCCAUCAACUGGACAUGUCUGAAGUCCUCCAGCCUGUGGAAGCCUUCAAGACAUUCAACGAGUUCUUCUACCGCGCGUUGAAGCCCGACGCGCGACCCUGCUCGGCGCCGGACGAACCGAGAAUUGUGGUCUCCCCUGCAGACUGCCGCUCCGUGGUGUUCGACCGGAUCGAGGAGGCGACAGGGAUCUGGGUCAAGGGCCGGGAGUUCUCCGUGGAGCGACUGCUAGGCGAGGCCUAUCCAGAGGAUGCGCCGCGGUACCGGAAUGGGGCUCUGGGCGUGUUUCGGCUGGCGCCGCAGGACUACCAUCGCUUCCAUAUCCCCGUCGACGGGGUGCUGGGCACCCCCAAAACAAUCGAGGGCGAGUACUACACCGUCAAUCCGAUGGCCAUCCGUUCCGCCCUGGAUGUGUACGGUGAGAAUGUCCGCGUGCUGGUGCCCAUCGACUCGGUCGCGCACGGCCGCGUCAUGGUCGUCUGUGUCGGCGCCAUGAUGGUCGGAAGCACAGUCAUCACCCGGCGCGCGGGUGAGCAGGUCUGCAGGGCUGAGGAGCUGGGCUACUUCAAGUUCGGCGGUAGCACGAUCCUUCUGCUUUUCGAAGAUGGGGUGAUGAAUUUCGAUAGUGACCUGGUGGACAACUCCAAGGGUCCUCUCGAGACACUGAUCCGAGUUGGCAUGUCCGUCGGCCACAGUCCUGAAAUCUCCCAGUUCGAACCCGACAUGCCCAAGAAAGCCGAGCAUGUCACGAAAGAGGACCUGCAAGACGCGAAGCGGCGGAUUGGGGGCAGCCUGGCACCCACGCCCCCUUCGGAUGUUUCGCUCAACUAA